UAAAUAUUUUCAUGAUUGAUCAUAAACAAAGAGUUAGCAUGUAGAGACCGACGAUCUCACACUGAUAUUUAACACCGAACUCAACAAUAUCUAGAAAAUUAUUACCAAAAUCUCAUUCAGUCAUUUCCACAAACACAACGGAGGCAAACCAUGAAAAAAGCUCUCAACCUGCAAACGCACGUCUUCAUCAUCGUCGUUCUAGCCUCGACAUCAUCAAUCUCUGCUACCUUAAUCCCUCCAAUCUCAAAGCCCGGCUGCGCCGACAGCUGCGGUGGCGUAAGCAUCCCAUUCCCUUUCGGAACAAGUAAAGAAUGCUCCCACAGCGAAGUCUUCUUCCUCACAUGCAACUCAACUCAUUUCAACCCGCCAAAACUAUUCUUGCCCGGCUCCGCCAUCGAAAUCACAGACAUAUCUCUCGACGGCCAGCUCCGGAUCUUGAAUUUCGUCGCCCACGACUGCUACAACCUGAGCGGGGCAAGAAUCUCCUACUCCGAUCCCACGGUUUUCCUGUCCACCUCCCUCACCAUCAACAACACCGCCAACAAGUUCACCAUCGUCGGCUGCGACACCUACGGCUUCGUCUACGGGCGCCGCCUCGACCGCGACUACCAGACGGGGUGCACCGCCAUGUGCUACGGCGAGGAUGACGUCGAGAAAGGGUCGUGCUCCGGCCUGGGCUGCUGCCAGACUUCGAUUCCCAAACAAGUUUGGAAAGCUGUGAUAGAACUUAAGAGUUAUGGCAAUUAUAGUAAAGUUUUCGAUUUCAACAACUGCGGUUAUGCCUUUCUUGCGGAGGAGGGUGCCUUUAGUUUCUCGCCGGAAAAUAUUACCAACUUGAGGAACGUCGAGAAGCUUCCGAUGGUGGUCGAUUGGGCCAUUGGUAAUGGGAGUUGUGAGGCGGCGAAGAUGAACUCGUCGAGUUAUGCUUGCACUAGUUUGGAUUCCGAUUGUUACAAACCUAACAAUGGCUAUGGCUAUCGUUGUUCUUGCCGUAGUGGCUAUCAAGGGAAUCCUUACCUUGAUGCUGGAUGUCAAGAUAUAGAUGAAUGCGAAGAUCCAAAUCUGAGUAAAUGCGAAAAACGUUGUGUUAACACACAAGGGAGUUUUGAAUGUGUGUGCCCCAAAGGAUACCAUGGUGAUGGAAGAUCAGACGGGCAAGGUUGCAUUCGCGGUGAAUCGCUUCUUUUCAAACUUGUAGCAGGUAUUUCUUUAGGGAUCAUAGUAGUGCUAUUGUCAACUUGGUGGAUUUACCUUGUCAUUCAAAAAAGAAGGCUUACGAAAAUGAGACAACAAUUUUUCCAUCAAAAUGGAGGCCAAAUGCUGCAACAACAGCUCAAGAGAGAGGGAUCUCCACAAACAGCCACAAUUUUCAGUGAAUCCGAGCUGAUCAAGGCCACAAACAACUUCCAUCGAAGCAUGAUCGUCGGCCAAGGAGGCUACGGCGUCGUCUACAAAGGCGUCCUACCCAAUAACUGCCUAGUAGCCAUCAAGAAAUCCAAAGAAUUCGAUCCAAACCAGAUCCAACAGUUUGCCAACGAGUUCAUCGUUCUGUCUCAGAUCAACCACAGGAAUGUCGUCAGGCUCCUAGGUUGUUGUCUGGAGACGCAAGUCCCUCUUCUCGUGUACGAGUUCAUCAACAACGGCACCCUCUUCGAGCACAUACACAAUAAGCCCAAGGCGCGUCGCCUUUCAUGGGACACGCGCCUCAGAAUAGCCGCGGAAGCUGCAGGGGUGCUCUCGCACUUGCACUCUGGAGUUUCUACUCCGAUCAUACAUAGAGAUGUCAAGUCGGCCAACAUCCUAUUAGACCACACUUUGUCAGCAAAGGUGUCUGAUUUUGGAGCUUCGAGGUUGUUUCCGAUGGAUCAAACACAAGUAAACACCUUAGUGCAAGGGACUUUCGGAUACUUGGAUCCGGAAUACAUGCUGACUAGCCAGCUUACAGAGAAGAGCGACGUCUACAGCUUUGGAGUAGUCCUGGUGGAGCUUCUUACAGGAAUCAAAGCACUGUGCUAUGACAAGCCAGAAGAGGAGAGGUGUUUAGCCAACUUCUUUCUCUCAGUGAUGAAGCAAGAUAGUUUGUUCCAAAUUCUUGAUGAGAAUGUAGAGAGAGGGGAGAGAGAGGAGGUGAUGAGAGUUGCUAUUCUUGCAAGGAAUUGUUUAAAGGUUAGAGGAGAUGAGAGGCCCUUUAUGAGAGAAGUGGAGAUGGAGCUUGAGGGACUAAGACUUUUGAGGACUCAGUUACAUCGCAGUAAUUCAUCACAAAUUACCGAAUUUGAUAGUUUUGAGGAUACUAACACGAGUUUUGGAUUUGAUAGCCUCAAGGAUCAAGUUGUAAGUCCCAUGGGUGGUGGAAGAUGACCUUCCAAUCUUAGUAAACAAACAUGAUUUGUUAAAAAUUAAAUUCUUGAUGCCUUUUCAAAAAAAAAAAAACAACGAAGAUCCCAUUUAUGUUAACCCCUCAAAAACAAUAUUCUAGAAAAUCAAAAUCCAUUUUAGUUGUUCAAA